CCGCCCCCCGGUCGUCGUCCCCCCCCCACUCCGGCCUUCUGCGCGGCGCACACGAAUCUACUGUUGCUCAUCAUGCUCUCGGGUAUUCAAGCCACGCCCCUAGAGACCGCCAAUCAACAGGACGGCGUGCAAGGCAGCUUGCAGGCGGGGUUUGCGAAGCGAUCGCAACGGCGGGGCCCUCCUGGUGAAAGGAUGUUUCGGGAAUAUCGGCGUCGGAGGACUGCGGGACCAGCAGGUGGGCGUUGCUGGGCAACGGGGCGGGGCGGGGCAGGGCGCUGCUUCCUGUCCUGCCGGGAUCGGAUGGGAGGGUGCAUGGAGCGGGGUUGUCGCACCACCGUUGUCAUGGGAACCGGCAGCGGCCUGCGCUCUCAAAGAGGGCAGCUCCCCGGUUUUUGCUCAUUGGCCCUAUUUACCAGGUGCAGCAGCCACGAUCUGCUCCUCUCAAUCGCUGCCCCCUGUUUGGACCCGAUAUUUGCCUUUUUAAUCACCUGGGUGCGGUGGUGUAGUGGUUAGAGUUCUGAAUCUAGAACCUCAUCUCAGAUCCCCGGACCCACUCAUGAAGAGCCAGCCGUGCUUUCUUAGCCUAGCUAGCCUACCUCACAGGGUUGUUGUGAGGAUGAAUGAUUUGGUUGGUUGGAUCGAUCCAGUUAAGCCCGCCUCUGAAUAGACUAACGGAACUAAGUUAGCCCAUGCCUAUUCAUCUCAAUGGGUCUUCUCUGUGUAGGGCUGAGGUUGGCUGUGACCUGCCAUUCGCAUCCUGCACCUUCAACAUAAGUAGUAUUUUUCUCAGGGUGGCUAGUAGAGGAGUGAGAAACAAAAAAAGUGAAAUGUAAUGAUAAUAAUAAAUAUUUAUAAUAAUUAGAAUUUAUUAUUUAAGCGAAUUGUAAUAACAGUACAGUGAUUUAAAGCAACAGCUAAAGCAGCAACUGCUUAUUCAGGCAGAGGGUGAAAUCAAACUGCUCUAAGUAGAAAAUGCUAGCCUCAGCAGCUCUGUGAAUAUAGAGAUAGAAAUGGGUUUUUUGCCUGUAAUGCUGGCAUUAGCAGUUUUGUGAACAUAAUUAUUUUUGCCUGCCCUCAAAUAAUAGAACAGUACAGUAAUGAGAUUUCCAGGUCAUCUGUCUUUGGGAGGGCAUUCAAAAGGCAAGGAACCGACACAGAAAAGAUUUUCUUAUAGAGCCAUCUUUGCUGCCUUGAGCUUCUUGAAUAAGCUGUAUAUAAAUGUUUAUAAUAAUUCCCAAUGAUUUGCCCAGAAUUGUAUUUGUAUUGUGUAAGUAUUAUUAUUUUUUUGCAAUCAUUAACAAAAAUAAUAAUAAUAAAUGUAUAACACUGUUGUAAGUUUGGGGGUUAGUCUUCAUGAAGCCUGAGUCUGUUCUGAUUCCUGGGGUCCUGGAUCCAGCAGGGGUUAAAAUCUAAUGGAGGAUCCCAUUGCUCAACUAACCAGGCAAGCUUAUUGGUGAAUUAAUGGCCCUUUGUACUGUCCUUAGUAUAACAAAGGAAAUACCUGGCUAGUAGUCAGAAAGCCCCAAACCACAGAGUUGUGUGAGCUGAGAGCUGCAUUAGAUGCAGGCAGAAGCUUGAUUUCUGUUUGAAUCCAAGGUUGUGACUAUGGGAGAAGUAAGACUGGGGUGUUAAUGCUGUGAGCCCCUCCAUCUUAGGCUCAGGUUGUGUAUAAGGGUAAUUCUCAUCCCACACUGCUUUAACUUGUGUGAUUGCAGCUUUGAUGAGGGUAGGGAGAAUAUAUAAAUGGAGAACAGGGAAAAUCCACUAUUCCCUGCUGUCUAUUUAUUUUCCCCCACUCCACCUAUGCACCCAGCAGGUAUUCCUUGCUUCCUGGGCUUUGGAAAGAAGGCACAAGGGCUCUGGGAGCAUCUUACAACCCUCAUGGCUCCUUCCCAAAGCCUGGCGCCUCUGUUAUUCAGCUUUGAGAAGGCAGCUUGAGGGUUCUGGGAUACUGCCAGAGCCUUAAUGCCACAUACCCAAAGCUUGACACCUUGCUUACUCGGCUUUGGGGAAACAGCAUGACGGCUGUGGCAGCAUCCUUUGCACCUCCUACACAAAGCCCAGUAACUGAGGCAUCUGGAUUACUGGCCUCUCAGAAGAUUGAAGGAGUUCCAACAAACUUUUCAGAGCCCAGUAAGCAGCCCUCCAACUUGCGUGAGAAGCAGUUUCAGGGGUUCCUGGCAAUUUUGUGUUCACAUGUGGACUCCUGACAUCUAACCCUUGCAUAAGAUGCGAGUUUCCUGUAUGUGCAAAUAAACCAUAUAUCAUAAAUACAGUAGUUUCUGCUGUCCCUCUGAACAUGUCGGAUUGUUACUAGGUGGGUGAUCUUUGCUGUCUAUUUUGUUGUUUCUUCAGCUUGUAAACUGCCAUGUGUAUAGUAAUAUAGAAAGACAGUAUGCAAAUUAAAAGGAAAGGAAACCAAAACAUGGGUAAGUUCUUGGAACCCCUGGAAUCUUGCACUGCUCAGAGAUUGGGGUGGCAUGCAACAAUAUGUUAAUUAGAUAUAUACGUUAUAUUUUGGGGUACUCUGUAUAAACCACAUAUUCAGUAUUCUGCCCAGCAUAAAAAGUGGGCGAAAUCUUUUGUGUAACAUUCAGUGUUUGAUUAAGACAAUCAGUGUGCUUGUUUAUUUUUUAAAUCAGAAAAAGAGGUGCUUAUUUUCCAAUAGGUGAUUACUUGGUUACUCACCCCCCUAUAUUAAUCUAUGGACACUUAAUGUGCAUACUGAGGUUGUGUGUGAAAGCCGAAGUGAAUGUUUAUCGCACAUGAGCCUCUACAUUAAAUUGCUUCUCAUGUAGAAAUUUGAUACCAUAGUAACUGCCCUGUUGCCUUGUCCACACUGGUUUCUUUCAUUGGAAGAUGAAAGAAAUGUCAUGUGAUAGCUUCCACAAUUGGAGGCAGCAAUACUUCUCAAACGGCUUGCUGGUUUCCCACAGGCAACUGUUAAGCCCAGGAUGCCAGACUAGAUGGACCAUUGGCCUGAUCCAGCGGUUCUUCUUAUGUUCUUAUGAGGUAUUGCACAUCAUCCUAUGGAACAACAGACAUUCUUUUCUGUGACUGUAAUGGUUUCCCCCUCAUAUUUAUAUAUACCUGUGCCACUUAUCAAUAAAACAUUUUUAGGAUGAUCUGAAACGGAAUAAUCAGACAGUCUAUGAUUUGAUUGUGGAUGAGGGUGCUGAUCUGGUUUGUAUUACUGAGACCUGGGCGGGCAGGCUGGGAGGAGUUGAUUUGGCACAGCUGUGCCCACCUGGAUACUUGGUGCAGCAUAAGCACAAGCUGCAGGCACGGGGGAAUUGCUGUGGUCCACAUGACUUCCAUUUCCAGGAAACCACUCUGGCUUAGAGCUGGCUGUGAGGGUGUGUGCACUUGGUGUCAGGCCAAGGAAACAGUAAACUAGGGUUGCUACUACAGUGGUACCUCAAGUUACAUACGCUUCAGGUUACAGACUCCGUUAACCCAGAAAUAGUACCUUGGGUUAAGAACUUUGCUUCAGGAUGAGAAGAGAAAUUGUGCGGCGGCAGCAGCAGGAGGCCCCAUUAGCCAAAGUGGCGAUUCAGGUUAAGAGCAGUUUCAGGUUAAGAACAGACCUCCGGAACGAAUUAAGUACUUAACCCGAGGUACCACUGUAUACCCAUCUGCUCACUGAAUAUGCCAUCUUAUCAGGAGGCCCAUUUCAUACUUUGUAGGAACUGGGCCUUGGGAGUUAUGGCAGAUUCCAUUUGGAUCUUUCUUCCACUGCAUAUCAGACAGGUGAAAUUUUUGUUGUCUUUUUGGCACCUAAGGGAAAACCUUUCAGCAAAUCUUUUAUGUGAAGAUUUUUUUAUCUCAGUCUAUAUGUGCAUUGGACUUGAGAGAGAUAUAUAUAUAUAUAUAUAUGUGUGUGUGUGUGUGUGUGUGUGAGAGAGAGAGAGAGAGAGAGAAAUAAAUGCUACUUGACACACAUACAAUAAACCUGUUUGGUUUUUUUAUCUUGCAUGGCCAAAGAACAGGUAAUGCGUGAAUAUCUUUUGUAGGAAGGACCCCUUGUAGCAGUUACCACAGAAUUUCCUACCACCCAGAGUGUAGCUUUGCAAUAUUUAUUCUCUGGAAUAUUCACCAUAUGUAUUUAUGUUUAGCCUUGUAAAUAAGCCUACAAAAAUUAAUAGCCUGCUAAGAGAAUAGUACUGGGACGCAGGUCGGUGGUUCAAAUCCCCAUGACAGGGUGAGCUCCCGUUGCUCGGUCCCAGUUUCUGCCAACCUAGCAGUUCGAAAGCAUGUCAAAGUGCAAGUAGAUAAAUAGGUACCACUCCGGCGGGAGGGUAAACGUUGUUUCCGUAUGCUGCUCUGGUUCACCAGAAGCGGCUUAGUCAUGCUGGCCGCAUGACCAGGAAGCUGUACGCCGGCUCCCUUGGCCAAUAAAGCGAGAUUAGCGCCGCAACCCCAGAGUCAUCCGCGACUGGACCUAAUGGUCAAGAGUCCCUUUCCCUUUACCUAAGAGAAUAGUAGCCUGUGUCUCUAUGCUGGUUGAAAAUGAAGGGAAGGCUUCUCCUCCUCCACAGCCAGGUAGAAAUGCAGGCUACUAGCUUCUUUGUAGGAUAGUAAAAAAAGUGCCUUCUAUCAACAGCAUUGUGGGAGAAGGGGCAGAGUAACGCUUCCUUCCUCUGCCAUCCUAUUCGCUCACCUUCAUGGAACUCCUGAUUACCUAGGGCUACUAGGUGAGUUUUUAAAAUACAAGGCUGUAUGGUUAUCUGCUGAUCUUGGUUUCCCCUCACCUUUUUUCUGUUUCAAAGUUAUGGUUAUAAAAUAAGCAUGGUGGGAAGUUAAAAAGGUUGUUUUUUAGUGUGAAUUCUUAAGAAGAAGUACUAGUUUCUCUUGAGGGUUAAGUUAUGGCAAAGAUAACCACUCACAGGGCAGGCAGCCAGCAAGAUUGAGGCUUGCCAAUUGCAUGCCGCUUCUCAGUGAUCCUAGUACUGAAAUCCUUUGCAGAUUCACAGAUGAGCAUGCUGUUAAUUACUUCGCCACCUGCUCUCUGGCCAUCUCCCCAUAAUGUUCAGGAUUUAGUCUCUUACAGAGUCACUGAUUGGUAACUGAUGGGGACAGAUGCAGCAGUGGGCAGCAAUUCAUUUUAAAAAAAGAGUUCCAUGCCUUUCCUCUUUAGCAUCCCAGCGUUUCCAAUUGCCUGCUGUGUAGCUUUAUUGACGUUAAGCUCUCCUCUUGUUACGCUGGCUGCUGGCACUUGGUUUGUUUGCAGGGUCCAGCACAGCACAUGCGUCACACACAGGCUGAACUGUGUUACUAGUUUGUGUUUAUAUGAUGGUGCGGUAGUGUGGGUAGCAAGAUAAAACACGCUGAGACUGAAGAGCACUCUUUGCGAAGCACCAUCAUGUUUUUUGUGCAUUUCACAGGUACGGUUUGCAUUCUGGUGUAAUGAGAUUCAAUAUUUUCGACUCCAAUAUGUUUGCCACGAGCAGUCUUAGUUUGCGAUGGGGAGGUGGAGAGUAAAGUCUACAGACACCAACAGUCAAGUGAGACCGGUGCUCUAGCCAGAGUGCCUGCAGCCAAGUAUAACACUGAAUCUGAGCUCCCGGAUCUUUUGGAUUAUAUGGAUUCAGCAAGAGCACAGUUUAAAUAUGGAAUAGUUGGAGUUAAAUCCACAGUGUAUCUGGUCAAUCUGGUGCUCUUGAUAGCCUUUUAAUGCUGUUUCCCCAGCUUUUAGCCUUCCCAAUCUGCCUUGGAAUCAUCAAAGGCUCUCUGUUUGGGAGGGGAGGUUCAGAAGAGCUUUCAGGAUUUUAAUUUUUUUAUCUCAAUUUUUUUCUAGACUUAAAUUUUCUAAAUCUGUUUCUGUGCGGCUUGAAAUGUGUUAUGGGAAGGAUUUGGAAUUGUGUCUUUGAAUAUGUUUUUUAUAAUAAAUGUUGAAACAGACAGUAUUUAACCAGAUGGGCAGUGGCUUCUUGACGUCUAGCUGUGGCUUGAAACAGAAGCAAGCCACUCCUAGGUGCAAGGGGACUGUAGGAAAAUAGGUCAUCUCUGAAUCUCAAGUUUCAGUGUAAUGGGAAAAAUUAAUAACAUUUAUAUCCGAAACGUAAUUGAGAUUACCUCAAACUGGAAAUCCAGCUCUGUUCUUUAUGCAGAUUGCCUCCACUGUUGAUAGGUAAGCACUUUGUGACUGGUGAAUAUUAAAGAUUAAAAUUAGCUUAUCUUGGCCAAAAGUAUGAAAGCUGACUCCAUUCUUUCCCCCUUUUUGCAGCUGCUUAUACUUCCAAAGCAUGAGUUUCAUUGUGUAGUUAUCAUAGUCAGUCUCUUCUGUAUGUGCAGCAUGCAUCUGACAAAGGAAGCCUGUGGCACAGCAUUCCUGCAGUGUUUUUAGAUUUUAUAGGUCAAGGUGUCUCCCUGCUACAUGAACGUUUUGGAAGACAAAGUUGACUUAGCUGUUAGCCUUUACAAUAGUCAUCUUCAUCGUACAGUGGUAGAGGUCAGUGAAGCAGGUCAUUAGUAGCAGUAGCAGGUUCAGAUAGAAGCAGUAGCAUAAUACGUUUAUUUAGACCACUUGAAAGUCACAGAAAGUGAGCUAUCUGUCAGGUUUCACAGCUCUUCCUCAGGCAAGAUGUGUAUUUUUUAUUUUUUUUUAAAAGAGAAAAAUGUUGCUGAUAGAAGGCAUGGUAAGAGCCGAAUUAUACAUGACUGCAAUUGUAGAGUUUGCCGUUGAGUGCAGUUCCACCCCACCACCCACAUAAACUGGAGUUGCAGAAUCCCCCACCCCCAAUUCAGAUCCGAAUUGCAAUGGGGGACUUGGGUUAAAACCUACAACUAUACUAGGCUUAAAGGCUACAUUACACUAGAGUUCCAAUAUGGUUCGGGUCUUUGGUGUUCACAGUUGGGGGGGGGGGCUGCACCAGCAUUUAAGGGCAGAACUGUGCAGCUGAGGUCACAAAUAGUUGGGUCCUUAAGAUACUGUACUAAUUAAGGAAGCUCUUAAGAUUGUGCCAAGAGCAAAAUGUAUUAAAUUGCAUCAAAGUAUACUGGGAUGGAGAAAGAACAAUUGCUUCCCACUGAAAAUGUUAAAGAACAACAGAUAUUUGAAACUGAUUCUAUUGCUGCUCAGGGCACCUUUGUAUUCUUUGAGUAUACCAAAUUUAUUGUCAAGCAAUUAUAGAAAAGGAGGAAGUCUACCUUUUACCACCUAAUGCUGUCACUUUUUCUAUGUGUGAAACAAAAUGUCUCAAAUAGAAGUCAGAGUGGAAAGUAAUACAGUGUGGUUGUACAUACCACUUUCCACUUUGGUCUCUGUUGAAUUUGCUUUUAGUAGAUACACAAGUUAUAAUCUCCAAUUUCAUUAAUCUCCCUCCCCCUUUUUUAUUUUACACCCUGCUUGAUGGAGAAUUCCAUGAAACUCACAAGGUAUCUAUUUAUUUCUCCUUUCACCUGGUCCUAAAAAGAUCAUAUGCUGCUGUUUUAAUUAAUUUCUAAAUCAAAUGUGGCCAACUGCAUUUUUGGGGUCUGUUUUAGCUUCCCCAAACAGGUUAUCUAUAAGUACAUAAAUAUGGAAUAAUGUUUUUAAAUGUUUUUAGGCAAUGUAUGUUUUGUUUCCUUUGGGUUUUUUUCAUAUUUUUCCUUUUAAAUAUGUGGGACCUCAGAUGGCACAGUGUGUAAUUGUAUUGCUGUUGUAAGCCUUUAGAUUUAAUCUUUAGAUUUAGCUGAAUUUGCAACUAAGAAGUUGGCAAUUGUUUUUGCAGACUUUGCUUUAAAGUAGUCUGUUUCAGUUUCUAUGAAAGUCCAUUCUUCAUAAACAGGAGAGGUGUACUUCUUGGCUCUGUAGCUUUAAAAACUGUAGCUUUUAAAACAUGGGUAGGCAAACUAAGGGCCGCAAGGCAAUCAGGCCCAAUUGCCUUCUGGAUCCAGCCCGCAGAUGGUCCGGGAAUCACCACGUGGAUCGCAGGUGCGCACGUUCUUUCCCUCCCUCUCACAUGGUGGCGCCUCCUCCUCCUCCCUCCUCCUGGCUUCUUCCCGCCCUGCCUAGAGGAGGAAGAAGGCUGGGUUUUGUUGGUGCCAGCAGCAGCAGCAGCAGCGCUCAAGCGGCCACCAUUUUAAGCAGCCCCUCUCCGGAGCCCUUUCGCGUGCCGCUCACCGUUCCCCCGCCGCCGCCACCAGCCCCUGUCGCUCGCAAGACACAGGUAAGGGGGCUCGUGGUGCUCUUGCAUUGUCCCCCCACCCCCAAAAAAUAUAGUCUGCCCCCCCCACAAGGUCUGAGGGACAGUGGAAAAAGUUUGCUGACCCCUGUUUUAAAACAAUGGGAGUGAGGAAGCUAGAGUAGCAGCAUAGAUAUUUCCUGCCCUAUUCAUGAUGUGGGCCAUACAGUGGUACCUCAGGCUAAGUACUUAAUUCGUUCUGGAGGUCCGUUCUUAACCUGAAACUGUUCUUAACCUGAAGCACCACUUUAGCUAAUGGGGCCUCCUGCUGCCGCCUCGCCGCCGGAGCACGAUUUCUGUUCUCAUCCUGAAGCAAAGUGCUUAACCUGAAGCACUAUUUCUAGAGUCUGUAACCUGAAGUGUAUGUAACCUGAAGCGUAUGUAACCUGAGGUACCACUGUAUUUAGCAGUUUGGCAAGUUAUUCCUUAUGAAUUUGAGCUGUCACCAUCCUAACAGCACAAUUGAAAUCCAAUGUCUCCUGGGCUGAGUGUGUUUGCAGUAGGUAGGUCUUGGGUUGUGCCAGUGCAACCCCCUCAUCUCUGGUGAGCAGUUUAGAUGCAGUUUAUUUUAUUUUAAUUUGCUUUCCAAAUAACCAGUCACACUUUUUUGUCAAUAUGUUUUAAAUAAACGGUGGCUGCAAAUCCUAUGCGUGCUUAUUCGGGAGCAGGUUGGAACAUCAGAGAAUUUUAGUGGGAGUGGAAAUUGCCACUAUUUCUAUCCAAGGUCCAGAAGAGAAAUCAAUCCAGCAAGUACAAUCUUUAUUCUCCUGCAAAUUGGUUGUUUCAUCCAAUACAUAGUAUUUUUUUACAUUGUUUUUACACUUCUUUUAUAUUGAAUUGAUUGGUGUGGAAAUAAUUUUGUCAUUGAUUAUGUAAGUUACGUGAAAUAGCAGACCGUGAGUCAAACAGCGCAGUAUUUCGUGGAAACUGAGCUGCGGCAGAAUGGAAACUGCAUUGAUUGUGUUGAAAACAGGGUGGAAUGGAAAUUGUAGCUUUAACACCUAGAGGAGCAAGCCCCAUUAAACUCAGUGAGACUUAAUACCAAGUAAACAUCCAGGGGAAUAAGUGAUGCAGCCCUGUUUUGAAUUGAAACUUGCAAGACUGUUUUGCAGACUAUGUACAUCUUUAUACCAUAGAAUUAAAGUGGUUUAAUAGGCAUUCUAUGUAACUAAGAAACGCUGGGAGUUGUACUUCCUUAGGUGUUCGAGAUCUCUGAGAGAGAGUACUUAGCACCCUUAUAAACUACAGUUCCAGGAAUUCUUUUGAGAAAAACCAGGACACUUGAGGUGGUAUAAAAUCAAUGUGAACUUGUGGUGUAUCUAUGUACAGUGGUACCUCUGGUUACAUACUUAAUUCGUUUCGGAGGUCUGUUCUUAACCGGAUACUGUUCUUACCCUGAAGCACCACUUUAGCUAAUGGGGCCUUCCGCUGCUGCUGCACCACCGCCACACGAUUUCUGUUCUCAUCCUGAAGCAAAGUUCUUAACCCAAGGUACUAUUUCUGGGUUAGCGGAGUCUGUAACCUGAAGCAUCUGUAACCCCAGGUACCACUGUAUAGGGUAAACUUUGUACUGAUCAGCUGCAUAAGCCCCUUGGUGCUAUUUUCUUUGUGUAUCUCUGCAGACCACACCCUUGGGCACAUGGCAAUAACAACAUUGUAACCAAGCAGCUUGCGGAUGGUAUUCUCAAUUGCUGGUGCCUUCACAAUUCCUUUAAAAUUAGCUGCAGUGUUUCAAGAAUGCACUUGUGUCUUGGAUUAGGGGUUCCAAGUCCUUCAGUCAUAUUCCAGGCGCUUUGCAUUCUUUUCAUUUGCUUCUUGGAAAGUGUGGACUACUAAAUAACUUGGAACAGAUGGUUCCCAAAGCUUCGGCUUCUCUGUGAACUCCUCCAACUACAAACGUAUCCUAAUGAGCCAUGUCAGAGUUCCCAAAAUCAGGUUAUGGUGAUUAAGGCAAAUUGUACUGAAUCUGCUCAUUCUUUCAUUUCACUUGCUAUUUUGUCCUACGACAGUCACAGGCAAGUGCUUCAAUGUUUGGUUUUGGUUUGUUGAUGUUGUAAUAGCAGCACAAAGAUUCUCUGUCACCACAUCAACUUGCAAGGGAUUUCCUAUUGCUGUUUUUGGAUGCUUAAUUAACUCUUUAAUCCCUACCCCUACUGAAGUUAAACUUUUGUGUGUGUAACUCAGAUGAGCACACACUUAUCCCCUCUUUUUUUUAAUAAUAUUUUUUAUUAAUUUUUAGCAUACAAAUUUUUUUAAGACAUACCACACAAAUUAUUAUACAUAUGUCCUUGUUUGGACUUCCUUCAGCAUCUCUGAUAGCCUUCCGUCUUGAUUAUUUCUCCUGCAAUUCUUAACCUAAUAUUGCCUUUACCUUUUCUAACAAAUCAUUUCUCCCUUUCCAUUUUUACAAUAUUUCUUAAAUUACUCCUCACAGAACUUCUUGUAGUCCUACAAACGUAAUCUGAUCAUCACAAAUACUUUUCAAAUACUCAGUAAAUUUAGUCCAGUCCUCGGUAAACCUCUGGUCCCACCGGUCUCGGAUCCUUCCUGUUAGCUUGUCUAAUUCUGCGUAGUCCACUUAUCCCCUCUUUAACCCCACCUUCCUCACUUUAUUUCCCGUGUUAAGUUAUAGAUCGUAAACUCCGCUGGGCCUGUCAUUAUCCUCUGCAAAGUGGCAGGCAGGUAGAUGGUGUUAUAUAAAUAAUUAAUUUACAAAAGGACCAUAUUGGGACCAUCUCUGUAAGGGAGCUAUAGGAUUGGGCAGAUUUGACUGUUUUGGUUCCCUGUCACUUUUGUAUGUGUUCAUUCAUAUGUCUGGUCUGCCCCAUUUAAAAGCAGUGCUGGGGGAGGGAGGAUCACAUUUCUGAAUAUAUGUAUCUCAAAACAAUGCAAUUUAAAACAUGCUCUGAUAAAGUUUUUGCUUUAAAAAUACCUUGCAAAAUGUAAAUAUGUGCAAAUCCCAAAGGAUAGUUAUAUUCUGAUUUGCAGCUUUGAGAAGUACAGAUCAAGUUAGUUCAUAGCAAAGAAAUAAUAAUUUUCUCAAACAUCUCUAGAAAGGUGGCUGAAAAAGAGGAUCUUUGUUUAGCUCCUCAUGGAGCUAGGCUGGGAAGUAUUCUCAAGCUCUUAGAAGAUUGCUUUGGCUUAGAUAUGUCUGUUUCAGCAGUGAUAUCAUAAAAGCCAGUUUUUGUAAGGUCGCGAAUUUAAGCCUCGCUUUAACUUUUCACGGUCGGAAUUUGGGGGGAAAGUCAGGCUUCUAUUCAGGCCAGUACAGUAAAUGAAAUAAAUGAAAUAAAAUAAAAUUGAGAGGUGUUGUAACGGCAUGUCUGUGUGCAAUGAGUCUGUGUUUGGUAGGUUGCAAAUUGUGUGGCCCUGGUGUAUGCAGAACUGAAGUCUAUACAUUUACUUUAAACAUCUCCGUUCAGAGUUUUCCGACAUGUCUGUCCCAGCAUUCUGGCAAGAGAGAAGACUGUCACUAUUGCAGCCUUGGUUCCAGGUGCAGGAAAUGUAAACCUGACUAUGUAGGGAAUGCUCUAGCAGUAAAUGUUUAUCGUUCUGAAGUGCCCCAAGACUCUCCAACCAUCCCAGUGAUGGCUGAGACUUGUUGCCGCUACUCUCACCAGGGCUUUGGGAUUAGCAUAGGGUUUAACACCUAGCAUCAUCAAAUAAAGUUCUGUCCUCAAGAGGCAAGUCUGCUUGAUACACAACAUGCCAGGAUAAUUCCUUCACAACAGCUCAUUCCCUCUUUGCUACAAAAGGACCCUUUCACUUCUCCAGGUUCUUCUUAUGUGAUAAGCCAUAUUGGUGAGAACUUAGUCAAGAUGUUCUGUUCAGUUAAGCUUUCCUCUUGCUUUUGAGGUGUUGCAAUGCUAGACAGUCUUACCACUUGUAUCCUGUAUUUGUUGUCAUAACCAAUUGUGCUAGCUGCCAAGGUUAAUUGCAAACAAAUUUCUGAAGCUUGUCUCUCUCUUGUCCGUCCGUCCCCCCCCCCCCCAUUUCCUAGUACCACAACACAAAGCUGGUCUUCAGAUUUCUAUGGAAGGUAUUCAGCACCAGCAGCAUCAGUGGCCAUCAAUUAUUAAGUUCCUGUUUGUUUGUUUGUUUGUUUUUAAAAAUUUAUUCAUUUUUUAAACUACUAAUCCCUGUACAGCAGAGAAUAAUCUAAGUACUGUAUACAUAGUCAUCCUUUUAUCAAAUGCCUUUCAAAUUAUAAAAAUACCAGCAGCUCUUACCCUCAAUGGUAUAUAGAAAUACUUGACAAAAAAGAAGGUAGAAUAGCUUUUACAGUUAUGGUACUAAUUUAGAUCCAUAAGGAAGUAUGCAAAUUGUCUGCUUCCCCUAAGCAGUUAGAAGAGGGUUGGCAGCUGUGUGGGGAGGGCCUGCAUCCCCUUUGGUCCGUGUUUGUUCUGUGGGCUGCCAAUUGCCAACCUCUUUUCCUCGCAGUGCAUCAGUAGGUGAAUAGUGCAGUAUUUUCUUGUAUUACUUCAGGCUUUUCACUCUCUGAGGCUGUGUUGUGAAAACAUUUGGCUUGCACUUGAGUAUUGAGGAUUUGUUUGAAAAUUAGAAGGGAUCAAAUGCUAUUCUUAACAAAUUCUUCCCUUUUCCGUCUCUCUCAGGACUAAACCACCUGCCCUUUGACCCUGGCAAUAGCAAACCUCUGCCAUUCAAUAGCAGCCCUGCUGAAAAUGGAGGCGAGGCAAGCCAGAAACGGAAGAGGAUAAAUUUGCCUACAGGUAGGCCAUGUGUGCAUGUGGUGUAGCAAGCUGUGUUUGUGCCUGGGGGAUGUCUUAACUAUGAAUGGGGGAUACAAGAACACAACAGGACAGACCCAGAAGAUGGUACUGGGAAAGUUCUUUCCUCUUCAUGACCACUUCUGUUUCUCCUGUCUUGCCUUAUUGUUAACAUGUACAUGAAGCUGCUGGGAGAAAUAGUUUGGAAGUCUGGGCUAAAGCGUCAUCAGUUUGUGGAUGAUGUACAACUCUGUUCAUCAUUUCCACCUUCUAGUUUUAGGGGUUUUAGGAUGGAUGAGGGCAAACAAGCUGAAGCUUAAUCUGGAUAAGACAGAGGCACUGCGGGUAGGAAACAUGGUGCCCUGGACCAUAGUGUGUGCCCAGAGUUUGAUGAGGUUGCACUCCACCUGAAGGACCAGGCACACAGUCUGAGGGAUUCUCCUGGACUUGCUGUUUCCUAGGAAGUUGCUGAUGGAAUCUGUUCCCAUAAAUAACUGAUACAUCAGAUGUUACUCUAUCUGGAGAAAGUGGAGCUGACCACAGUAGUCCAUGCCCUGAUUGCAUCCCAAUUGUGCUACUUUAACAUGCUGUAUGUGGGGCUGUCCUCAAACACUGUUCAAAAGUUUCAGCUGGUACAUAAUGCAUUCCCCAGUUGCUUUGGGGGGCCAGAUGACUAGAGCAUAUAACACCAAUUCUACACUUGCCACUUUCAUUACCAGUGAGUUUUCAGGCCCAGAUAUAGUGUUGGCGGUUACUUUUUAAAACCUAAAUGGUUUGGGACCAGGAUAUCUGAAGGGCUACCUAUAUUUUACAUGAACCUGCCCAACCCUGAUAUUGGCCAUAGAAGUCCUGUUUGUAGGUCUGCCUUUAAGAUUCAUCAGGUUGGAAGUGGGGGGGAAACGGGGCCUUUUUACUGGUGGCCCCAUCACUGUGGAACUUACUCCCCCAGGAUGUUUGUCUUAUACUCAGUCUGUUUGUAUAUAAGCAGGCCUUAAAACACACAAUUGUUUUUUGCAGCUUUUAACUGAAUAAGAUUGUUGGUCUGUAAUUUUAAUGGUUGCUGUUUUUAUCUACCGCAUUGUGUUGGAUGAUUUAAUUGGCUUUUAAAAUCUAAUGUUUUAUUUUUUAUUUUUUUUAAAUAAUAUUUAUUAAUUUUCAACCGUUUAAACACAACAAAAUAGACAAAACAAACCAUUUAAGACACAAACCAUUUAACACACAAAACAAUUUCAAUAUCUUAUCUUUCAUUCCCUUAUUUCCACGACCUCCUCACGCCUCCCUUUUUGUAUUCCACUUCUGUUAAUUGUUUCAGCAAUUCCUUUCCAUCUUCCUCUGUUUCUAUCCUAUAAUUAUCUUAACAUAUUCUGCUGACCUUAUUUUUCCCUUUAAUACUCUAUUAAUCUAUACUUAGUUCCUUAUAGCAUUUCUACUAGAGCCAUAUAACUUCAUUCCAACAUUUUUCUUACAUUCAUAAUUUUUACAGUAUUUCUAUGAAUAGUCUUAAACUUUUUCCAGUCUUCUUCUACCGACUCUUCUCCCUGGUCUCGGAUUUCUGCCAGUCGUUUCCGCCAAUUCCAUAUAGUCCAUCAACUUCAUCUGCCAUUCUUCCCGAACAACUAAAAUUAUAAACACAAUUUAAAACAUUAGAUUCUAUCUAUUCGGGUAAAAUCUAAUGUUUUAAAUUGUGUUUAUAAUUUUAGUUGUGGGGCUGCAUGAGAGAACCUAAGCGAACGGAGGCUCACUUUUAGAAUGGAAAAAUGUCCUGUUAUUCUAGCUCAUUCCAUGCCAGGGAUCCUGAGUUCUGGGAUUUCUGUUACUUGUCACUUGAUAGCCAGAAGUCAGCGAGUCACAGCUGUGUACGUGCUUGAGUCAGGAUGAAUCUGAAUUGGGGGUUUAUGUUUGUUGGCCUGGUUGAUAUGCAGUAGCAAAAACAAAGUACUUCUUAUCCUUCCUUAGAAGACACCCUCACUGCCAUAAAAAAUUGGAAUGAAACAUGGACAUUGCCAUUAUGAUCCCAAAGUAUGUGAAACACAAGCUAAGGAAAAGCAUAUAUUUAAUUGAGCCAAUGCAGGUUGAUAUAGAAAUACGACUUGAAUUUCACAAAAUUUCACAAGCUAGGUAACUCCUUGUGUUGGAUGAACAGCUCUGUGAAACUCAAUAGCUUAUAUGUUCCUUUACCAAUUUUCAUUAGCCCAAUAUAGAUACAGUUGCACACACCCCUAACUUCCAAGUGGUGUGAGAUUCCAGGGGUUCCAGGCACUUACCCAGGGUUCAUGUUUCCUUUUGGGAAUGAGGCACAGCUGAGUCUUUAGGAUAUAUGGUUUAUUUACACAUAUAUACAACCUGAGCCUGCUAUGCAGGGGUUCACACUAUUAACACCCCGAAUGGGCAUUGUUUCUUCCAUAGCUACAGCACUGGAUUCAAGCAGAGAUCCAUCAUGCCUCUCGGUCACUCUGCUUGCUAUUUUGCUUCUCGGAUACAUCACUGCUCACUCUCAGCUCUAACUUUUGUCUUUCUCACUAUCUGUGAGUGGAGGGAGGGGCUCAUUUGCCAUCUCCCACAGAGUCCUUAAUCCCUCUUAAUGGCUCAUCACCCAGGCUAUCGACUCACAGAAAGCUAGCUUGGAUUGAUUAGCUUUUAACACUUGCUGAACCCAGGGAUUAGAGAGGCCUGGCACCCACAAACUCAUAGCAAUACCAUUUAACCUGCAUCAGUUGCAUGCAAAAAUGUGGGAUUGUUCUUAUUUUGGGGAUUUGUGAUAUGGAACCUGCUGAAAAUAGCAAAGCCAUCCAAAAGGAAAUUAGAGCCCCAGACUACACAUCAGGGUUGAUGAUUGUGCUAAAAUGAUACUGCAUGAAGCAGAAAGCUUCCUUACUCUUCAUGAGCGCCCACCCCAACAGAGCAUUGGAUGGGGAACCAGUGGCCCUCCAGAUAUUGUUGGAUUCUAACUCUCAUCUGCCACAGCCAGUAUGGCCAGUGGCCAUGAAAGAUAGGAGUUAAUUGAAUUACAAGUUCUUCAGGCAAUUAAAGGAAUGGGUCAGAGGAUGUAAAGUACACCUGUUACAGUGGAAAUUGAUCUGAUGAGAUGUGCAAGGGUCUGUUGGCUCAUUCUAAGCAUUCCAUCCCCAGUGCUUUCCCUUCACUGUUGAGCUGGAAUAGAGUAAUCGCAGGUACAAGGGGAGGAGCUGAAUAAUUAUUUCAGACAAAGAAGGACAGAUGAACUGUCAUUAGUAUGCGAGGUGAGAUUCCCUAAAAGCAGUUUUUGCCAGUCAGUGUUUUUCCUAUUGUCCUGCUCAAACUUCAAGAUGGGCUGGGGAGGUCCUCCUGGUAAUUCCAUUACUUGUGUAUUGCCCUGUUGUUUAGGGUUGCCAUAAGACCGUAAUUUUCCAGACAUUCCCAGGAUUCAGCCAUCGGAAACAGUAUCCAGGUGGAAAUUGCUGAAAUGUACGGGCAUCAACAACUUUGGCCAAAACAACAACUUUUGUGUCUGGAUUUUCAGUUUUUGAAAUAUGGCAACCCUGCUGCUGUUACUUGCCUUGAGAUGAAGGGCUUCGUGAUGAAGGGUGGGAUAUAAGUAAAAGAAUAAACAAAUUUAAACUACUAGUACUCAGCAUGAGAUCUAAGAUGGCAUUGCGAUGUACUAAGUUUCAUGUGUGACUUUGCCACUUGAAGCUGCUCUUAUGCCAAAUCUCUCCACUGUUUUUUAAGCUCGCGGAAGAUGGGAGAGAAUUUGAAAAUGUAUUCAGGAGUUUGACAGUGGGAUUUGGCCUUUGGACAUGCAGAUAACACAUGGACUUUGCCCUGGAUUAUGGCCUAGUGUGUUUUUUUUAGGGGUUAUACUCUGCCAUCAGAGGAUCAUUCUGGGGCCCAUAAUAAGUGCUGGCUCAGAUCUAUUUUAAGACUUGUGCCUUUACAACUAGAGCUCUUAUUUUGGAAAGAACAAGAUGUUGGUACAUGGGGGAUGGGAUGAUACUUGGGAGCGGAGCACAGGCAAAUGUGGUUUGCAUCAAAUAGUUUGUGCCUAAAGCGAGUAUUUGUUGCAUCCUACUCUCCCCUUAGAAUUUAUCCCAUCAUUUGCCAAGAUAUGCAGGGUGUCAUUUUAUAGGGGAGAUUUAUUUGGUUUCUAUCACUUUCUCUUCCAGUUUUAUCGUUAGUAAAAAAAAUUAAAAAUUGGGGUAAGUAAUGCUGAUAAUUUUAAAAAAAAGUACAUUUGUUAAUAUGUUUGUCAAUCAUAAUCCUUUCUGCAGACAGCAUCCCAAAUCUGAGUCUAGAGUCUCCUCCAAUGGAUUUGGGCAUGUCAGAUCCAACAGCCUGGACCACUGCAAUGAAUAACUUGGGGAUGGCACCAAUGGGAAUAACAGGAGAUCCUCUUUUGCCUGGUAGGUUGUGCUCUUGGUUUGGUAUCACCGCUGCAAGCACGCAAUGCUUAAUUUUUCCAGUGGAGUGUUAAGGGGAGUAAAUGUUCAGAGAACACACAAGAUCCAUAGCCUAAAAUGGGAGGGGAACCUCUGGCCUGUGUCUGAUUAGGCCUGUUAGGCCUCCUUAUUUAGCCAACAAGGCCAUUUUCAGGGAAGCCAUGCCCAUCUGUCCUACAUCUAUUGGAAGUCAUAUAUGAUGUCAGUUAUGGGGUAGGUCAAAACUUGGAUUAUCUGAAAGGGUGUUUGCAGGUUUCACUAAUCAGGUGAUUGGCAGCACCUGUAAAGCACCCUGCAAAAUAGCAUGUUGAAAGGGUCUUUGCAAGACUAGAAAAUCAGCUGAGUGCUCUGUCUACUUGGCCCUUAGGAGUGGCUGCAAUAAUAAACAAAAAACAGCUCUGCAACUUUAAAGCAGAAUCUGGCUGUGAUUGGCCUGAUUGGCCGACCCUCUUGUAUGUUACCAAAAAACACCUCCACUCCAUCUAUGGAGCUGUUAAGCACUUUGUAAAACAGUUUCAUUAAAAAAAAAGUAAUUGACUGAAUGAAUGGAUUUAUGCAUAAGUACUCUUGCAGCACUUCUAAAAUUAAAAGAAGGAAAGGCAGCCUGGAGUGGAAGAGGCAAAACAGAUGCCUGAGCCAGCUUUCAAUGUGGUGGUAUGCAUGGCUGUCAUUUCAGUUACAAAACCGGGAGGAAGUGAGGCUAAUCUCCCAGUGUUGGGAUGUACUGUGGGCUCUCUUUUUCUUCAAUCCUGCCUGUGUACAUCUUUGUCCUCCCAUGCAUGAGAACUGGCUUUUGUGGGAUUAUGUGGGCUGCCAAAUGGCUCUACUUUUUAUGUAUGCUUUAUGUAUCUCUCAGGUCCUUUAAGUUUUGAUUUUAUUGAUGGAAAAAAUCUGCUUUCCUAGUUAGAAUUAUUGUGCAGUUGCAGGUGAAACACUCUAGCUUGAUGGCCUCUCUGUUUCAGACUUCGACCCUGCCCUUGGAAUGAUGACUGGGAUCCCACCAAUCAGUCCCUUGAUGCCUGGCUUGGAAAUAGUGCCACCACCAGUGAUUAAGGAGAUCAUACAUUGCAAAAGUUGCACACUCUUCCCACCUAACUCAAGUAAUCCUUGCCAUAAUUCUUGCAGUUGCACUGGGAUCAAUUGGGAAAGAUUGAAAGUAAAGAGGGACAUCUGAUGAAGAGUCUGGUGGAUGUACAGAUCAUGGAGGGAAGAAGAAGCUCUUUUCCCAACAGGAUAUUUUUUAUAGUUUGGCCAAGCCAGAAUAGCUUUUAGAUUGUAGAGAUGUCCAGGACCACCUCAAAGGGAGUGCUGGGAGCCUCAAGGAUCUUCAUGUCCUCAAGGAGUGAGGCCAUCUCUGUACUACCCUGCUGCUUGCUGAUUCUGUCCACUUAAUGAGAGGCAAAAUGGAGAAGCAAACAUUACUGGUUAAAACAGAGGUGGUUGUGGGGGUGGUUGUGGGGGAAUCAGUGGCAGGGAGAACCAGUGGCAGUCAAGGAUCACAAAGGCUGGUGUCCAGCGACUUCUGGAGAGUUGCGUGACACCCAUCCCUGGUCUAGAAUGCCACUUGAUGAAGGGAAGGGAGGUAAGUGGGUAACUUCCCAGAACUCAGCUCUAGUCUGCUUGGCAGUACAUCUCUAACACUUUCUAGUUGAACCCUCUCUGUUUUGGAAUAUUUUCAAGGUCAGGGAGUAAUUGGAAGAGGAAGCUAUAGAGAUGAGGUUGCAAAUCUUUUUUUAAAAAAUAAGAUUUUCGACAUCAUGAAGGGCGAAAAUCGUGGCAGUGCUGAUUGUGCAGUAUGCUGGGCUAUAGAUUGGAACAUGAAAAUGCAUAGGACAUUUUCCAAAUGUCCAGGCUGCUAAACAGCAAGCAGUAAUAAAAAGAGAACCCAAGUAAAUUUUAUAGACCCUCAUUUCCCUCUUUUUAUAAAGCUGAUGGUAUUGUGUCCAAUGGUAUAAGGGUGUUUGUAUUUGGCUGCACACUGUUCUUGCAGUUUAUUUUUAGUAUGAAUCUAGCAGUGAGCUGUCACAAAAAAAAGAGGAUCUUUUCUUCUUUGGGAAGCAUGCUGUGCUGGAAAGAUAUUGAUUUUUGAUAUUUUAAGGCUGGCAUGAUAUAACUUUGCCUAGCAAGAUUGAGGGCUCAUCCGCACUUUCAUUUGCCCUGCCACAUUCCCCUGGGAAAACCUGCAGGGCAAAGGCAAAACCACAUGGGGCAAGUGGAACACCACUUAGAUCUGUGCUUUCUAGGCACAGGACAAGUGCAAGUGUGGAAGAGGCCAGAGCUGGCCAAGCCUUCUGACACUUAAACACAAAUGCGCAGCAGUUGUUGUCGGAUUGUAGUUGAAUACCAGAUGUCUUUUGCUUGUGGCAUGCUUAUGUAUCAUAUUUCUUGUUGUCCUUAGAUCUGCCUCCUCCCACCACAAGGGAAAGACCUCCUGGAUGCAAGACGGUAUUUGUUGGAGGACUGCCAGAAAAUGCAACAGAAGAGACUGUUGUGGAGAUUUUUGAGCAGUGUGGAGAGAUCUUAGCGCUUCGGAAGAGCAAAAAGCACUUCUGCCACAUCCGUUUUUCUGAGGAAUACAUGGUGGACAAGGCUAUUUAUUUGUCUGGUAGAUAUUGUUUGUCUUUGCUUUUGACUCAGAGAUAAUUUCUUCUGUAGAGUUGCAAAAGCCGCAUGCAGUCAUGUCUGUUGUGUCCCCUUCCAUUUUCCCAGUUGUACAGUCAUCUCUCACCAGUUUCAGUUAUUUGGCUAAGGAGUCUUUUAACUUCACUGUAACAUGCAAUGGUGACACAGACCAUUGUGAAUAGCUUUCAUAAAUUUGUCUAAUAAAAACAGAAAAAUGCCCAAUUCCAAAAUUCCAACAAGCUAAAAAAUGUCAGCAUGAAACAACAGUAAGGAACUGUUGUGAGCUGCACAGCUCACGAAGAGAGGGAAUAAUUCUAGUGCAACAAGCAGUGAGUCUCUAUGAUUAAUGAUGAUGAUGAUAGUUGUUGUUGUUGUUGUUGUUGUUGUUUGUACCCUGCCCAUCUGACUGGGUUUCCCCAGCCACUUUUGGCAGCUUCCAGCAUAUACAGAAACAUAAUAAAACAUUAAACAUUAAAAACUUCCCUAUACAUAGCUGCCUUCAGAUGUCUCCUAAAGGUAAACCUUGUAUACAGUAGUUACUUAUCUCCUUGACAUCUGAUGGGAGGGCAUUCCACAGGGUGGGCACCACUACCAAAAAGGUCCUCUGCUUGGGCUCUGAGCUAGAUCUCAGUGGCUAGGAUUAAUGAAGAGGGUGGAGACGCUCCUUCAGGGCCUGAAAUCUUUAUAAUACCUGCUGCAAACAGCUGAUUAUUGAAAACUACUACCUUUUCAAACUAUCCAGAACCAACAUGGCUUCUUUGGAGAACUUUGGAGGUUAGCCUCCCUUCUGGUAUAACAUGUGUUGUCUAGCCAGUGUCACUGUACCCUAUGAGAACCACCCUCCAGAGUUGUAAGAGGGAUCUGGCAAGGCUUCAGCAACUUAACAGAAACCGCAGUAACCUUUCACCUGAUGCUCACCCUCCUCAUGUAGCUUACUUUGUGAUGUUUACAACUUAGCAAAUAUUGCAGUUACAAUUUCAAACAGAAUUUACCUGAAGUGUUUUUGAGCUGUGUAGCUGGUCUGUAUCUUAGAUGUGAUACAAUCAUUGAUAAAUCAAACAUAUUGAUAUGUAUGGAUCAGCAUGCAUAGCAGUUGAUGUUCAUUUCUUUAUCCAGUUUGAACAUGGAUAUUAUUAAGCCUGAGUUGUAGCUGUUCACAUUUCCUCUGAUAGGUGUCUCUGGCAGUCUCUGGAGACAAAGCAGGCAGACCCCCAUGUUGCAGAUGGGGGAAACAGAGGAACAGUCUGAUAGUAGUAGUAGUAAUAAUAAUAAUAAUAAUAAUAAUAAUAAUAUUUAUUACUUAUACCCUAUCCAUCUGGCCGGGUCUCCCCAACCACUCUGGGUGGCUUCCAACAGGAUAUUAAAAACACAAUAAAAGAUCAAACAUUAAAAACUUCCCUAUCACAGGGAAACGGCUGAUGAUUGUUUCUGUAACUGUCAUUGCCAGGUUAUCGCAUCAGGCUGGGCUCCAGCACUGAUAAAAAGGACACAGGGCGCCUGCACGUGGAUUUUGCUCAAGCCCGGGAUGAUUUCUACGAGUGGGAAUGCAAGCAGCGGAUGCUGGCCCGGGAAGAGCGCCAUCGCAGAAGGAUGGCAGAAAAACAGUUCCACCCUCCCUCCCCACCUCCUGUUGUCCACUAUUCGUAUUAUGAGUGCAGUAUUGUUGCUGAGAAGCUAAAAGGUACAUAGGGCUGUAGUAAAAUGUCCCAAACUGGCAGGCUGUUGCAUGAGGAUUGUGGCAGGUGGUUAGGAACAUAGGAAGCUGUCCUGUACCCUAUCAGAUGAGUUAUCUGUUUCUUACCCAGUACUGUAUACUCUGACUGGCUGUGGUUCUCCAGGGUCUUGGAAGAAGAAGGAUCUUUCUCAUCACUUCCUACCUGAUCCUUUUAACUGGGGACUCAUAGGAUUGCACCCAAGACACUUUGCAUGCAAAGCAGAUGCUCUUCCACUGAGAUGUGAUCCAUCCCAUGUAGACGUACAACAGAUGAGUACAUUGCAACUGUCUGUGGAGUUAAUCUCAUCCACCACAGCCUUUCAGAGUUUUGCCUUGCUUGGGUAGAUCAUUUCAUGCAAAUCUAUGCAAAACAGUAGUAUUAAUUAGACUGUUGCUUGUUACCUGAACAUCUCCAAGUGACUUAAAAGGUAAAGGGACCCCUGACCAUUAUGUCCAGUUGUGACCGACUCUGGGGUUGCAGCUCUCAUCUUGCUUUAUUGGCCGAGGGAGCCGGCGUACAGCUUCUGGGUCAUGUGGCCAGCAUGACCUUCCGUUUACCUUCCCGCCGGAGCGGUACCUAUUUAUCUACUUGCACUUUGAUGUGCUUUUGAACUGCUAGGUUGGCAGGAGCAGGGACUGAGCAACAGGACCUCACCCCCUCGCGGGGAUUCAAACUGCCGACCUUCUGAUUGGCAAGUCCUAGGCUCUGUGGUUUAAUCCACAAAGCCACCCGCGUCCCCCAAGUGACUUAAUUAAUGUUUAAUAUAUAAAUGUAAAUACAUUAUACCAUAAAAACAUAACAAAAGAACCUCCAUAGCAGCCACAGGAAGCUUUGGCAGAGCACUAGUAACAAAACAAUAUCAUUUUAGCCUAUCAAACAUCUUACUAUGUUUUUGUGUUUUAAACUCUCACACAGGGAGGGAUUAUUUAAAUAGUAUUACUUGCAAAAUUCACCAGUGCUUUGUACCUGAGCAGUGUUUCUCUCUUGGGUCAGAUGAUUCCAAGUUUUUGGAAGCGGUGCAGACACUGCUGGCCUGGAUAGAGCGUGGGGAAGUGAACAGACGGACGGCAAACAACUUCUACUCAAUGAUCCAGUCGGUCAACAGCCACAUCCGCCGGCUUACAAAUGAGAAAGCAGCCCAUGAAAAGGAAAUGGAAGAAGCAAAGGAGAAAUUCAAGCUUGCACUCUCAGGAAUUCUUGCUCAGUGUAAGUGUUUGGGGCUUGCAACCAGGAUUUCAAAGUUUCACUUGAUGGAAAUGUACCAUUUUUUGUUUUCUUUUUUUCCAGUUGAAGGUUGAACAAGAGAGAGAGACACAGAUCCGGAACAUACAUUCCCUUUAUUAGGAAACAUAUUUAGGUUUAUUUCUUACAAAUUUCUAAACCACCAUGCUGCAUUCGUACAAAUGUCAAAGAAAACCAGCAAACAUUUUUAAAAAGGAAAAAGAUAACAAACCAUUUAACAGAUAAAAUGCUGGAUAUUAAAAUUAAUUUUAAAUGAAUGAAAGGUUACCAGGCCAUUAAUGCUCAGUGGAAACAAGAAAAUCUUACAAAGCUUCUGGAAAACUAUCAAAAUCUUAUUCUGAUAGGUUUCUGGAGAAAAAAUGGUCCCCAGACACAACAAAUAAAAAAGCCCACAAAACUCCUACUGUGCACAUUUUCUUUGGUAAAUUAAUGGUACAGUCUGGAGAGCAUUCUUGGGUGAUUAAUGGGAUGGGACACAGGAAAGAACAUGGUAGUGAGCCUUAGUAGAUGUCAUGUACUUGCAGCAUACAUACAGCAUCAGGAGACAGACCACCUAUUUCUGCACCAGCUGAAGCUUCUGAGUCUUCUUUGAAGUGUCUUCUUAAUUUCUGUUCACACUCGGGAUGUGCAGGUAUUUUCUGCCUUAGUGAUGUUCCUACCCGCAGGCUGCUCCUGUGCUAAUCACAGCCUUGUACCUUUGGCGAUUGCUGAGAGGCUUAGGCAACAAAGGUAGGUGUAUAGCCAAAUCCCUUAUCUUCCUGUUCCUUUGAGGAUCUACAGAUCAUCUUACUAAAUGGGAGAUUUAAGCCUUCAAGGUAAUGUAAUAUUGCUGCAUUUUUCCUUUUUCGCGUCACUUUAAACAUUAUGUACAAAACAUUUGAUGCUCUUCUGAGCCCUGGGAGUGUUCUGCAGUUUUCAUUGCCCUGUUAUUAAACAGGAUCCAUUUCCAGCCAGGAGAUUCUGUUCCUAUUGAGUGUCCUGCAGAGCUUUCUCUCCUUCAUUCUCUGGAACUGAGUAACUAGCCAACCAAGUCCCUGGCAGGCAGCAACUGCCUCACAGCUGGGGAAGCCGACACCUUAGCAGCCUCCUGGCGUUGAUAGUCUGAUUUUAAGGUCAUCUUGUUAUGUAUCACAGCACAGUGUGACCAUUCGUCUCCUGAGUGUACCAAGAGGAUUCUGCAGUCCCUUACAGUUUGCUUAGUGUUUGUUUUGAAUUGUUUUAUUCUGUUAACUUUAAAAAAAUAUAUUGGUCCCGGAUUCCAGAAGGAGUUACAGUAAGUAGCAAUUGGGGGGAACCUCAGACCUGAAUCCUGCCAUGAUGUUGGUGUUGGUCAAUCUUUAGCCAGGGUAAGAGCAAUUCAGUAGCUUCUCCAGUGUUCAAGCCAAUCACCUGUGGCUAUGGGAUGGAUUUUUAGCUCCUUUCAGGGAAGAUAAUCUUUCACAACUAAACCUUUUGGCUAGAAAUUUGCAGGAAUAUGUUUUGGGAAAGGACCUGUAUUACUUUACUGAAUGUGGGGCAGCAUAUCAUACUUCCCACAUCACCAGCAGGGCCCUACUCUGGUGCUUAAAAUAACAUUCCAUCCCGAGGAAAACUAUGCAUUGUAACUUCUCAUAUAAGCUGUGCAAAUAUGUACAUGUGGUGGUUUUUAAAAAUAAUCUAGUCAUAAAACUGGUUCUCAUGUAAUGCUAAGCCAAAUGCUCAGCACAAAUUCAUGAGUAUGAGGCUUUUCAGAGAGAAUAACGCUGCUGCUACACACCUUCCCUGGUUCUACUGCUGAACUGCUCUGAGCUAAGCCAUGGUUUGGCUCAGUGUGUUGACUGAACUAAGGUUCAUGGUUUGUCUAAAACUUUUGGCUAGAAAUUUGCAGGAAUAUGUUUUGGGAAAGGACCUUUCUGCCCGGACACUGAGGUCCAGCGCCGAGGGCCUUCUGGUGGUUCCCUCGCUGCGAGAAGCCAAGUUACAGGGAACCAGGCAGAGGGCCUUCUCGGUAGUGGCACCCGACCUGUGGAACGCCCUCCCACCAGAUGUCAAGGAAAUAAACAACUAUCUGACUUUUAGAAGACAUCUGAAGGCAGCCCUGUUUAGGGAAGCUUUUAAUGUUUAAUAGAUUAUUGUACUUUAAUAUUCUGUUGGAAGCCGCCCAGAGUGGCUGGGGAAACCCAGCCAGAUGGGCGGGGUAUAAAUAAUAAAUUAUUAUUAUUAUUAUUAUUAUUAGACUCGAUCAAGACAAUCUAUAAGUUGUAAACCCAAGAACAGACCGUGCUGUUGUUUGUCUGGAGUGAGACAAGCUACAAUCCUGGGUUCAUCACAUGCUGAGCUACAAUGAUGGCUUAGCUCAGAGCAGUGCAGCAGCAGAAGAACAAGAAGAGAAGUAAAGUGGCUGUGAUUUCCUCUCAUGCCAAACCAUUGUUUGCCUUAGUGUUACAAGCAAGCCAACCCACUGGGAAUAUUAAAGCUCCACUGGAAGUCACACUCCAUUUCUUUUUGGCUUCUGAGAUUUUUCCAAGUCUGUCACUGUGGUAGUAAGGACUAGAAACGGAAUUAAAAACCAAGGUAAGAUUCAGUGUGCAGGAUUUUGGGUCCAGUACUUAUUUGCAGUUACAGAUUUAUGGAAUACACCCAGCCCUAUUUAUGACACAAUGUUUGUGAAGUGGGGGGAAAAUUGUCUCUCUGUCUCUCUCUCUGGCCAAGCAUCUAUUUCUUUUUACGUGAGUGCUUUUCUUCCUCUUGAGUUUUUUUAAGAAACUCCUUUUUUGAGUGUUUAGUGUCACCCUCCUCUUCAAGACACCUUACUCUGUUAACUUGGCUUCUGCCUGAUUGGACAUACAAACAUAUCUUGCCUGUUGUGCUGCUUUGAUCUCAAAGUUCUGUGGCUCUGGCUGCUUCCUGAGCACCAUCUUUCUCAGCUAUGGUUCCACCCAGCAAAGCAUCAUAAGAAAAAGAUUCACUGGACUACCUGCCUGAUCCCGCUCUCUUACUCCUUUCUCUUGCCCUCUCUGGAUGAUAUUGUGGCCUGGUUUUGCCUGCUGAUUUUGAAACUGAAGUCGAGCAGAUAGUGGCCGUGUACCAUUCUGCAUCCAAACAAAAGGCUUGGGACCAUUUCACGAAAGCGCAACGUAAGAACAUCAGCGUAUGGUGCAAGCAAGCUGAGGUUGGUACUUCCUUUUGCUUUUCGUUAGCUCCUUUUGGCCUAUAGGCUUGCUUAUAAAAGGAUGGAUUUUUCCAACCUUGCUCUGGAAGGUAAGUAGCAACGCACAUGGAGCUAAGUUCAUAGCAAAACACAGCACGAGGAAGUUCAGGAGAGGAAGAGAACAGCCAUUGGUGAACACUAUUAAGAAGAAGCUCAGAAUUAUAGUGGGAUAUGAAUGAAGCUCUUUAGAAAUAGUUGUACUUGCAUUUUUGGGCAGCAUUAUGCCCAUGACCUAAAGAUAAUAGCUCUGCUUUCUUCAGUUCUGAGGGCAGCACUAUAUAGGGAAGCUUUUUAAUGUUUAACAUUUUAUUAUGUUUUAUAUAUUUUGAAAGCCACCCACAGAGACUAGGGUGACCCAGUCAGAUGGGUGAGGUAUAAUACUAAUAAUUACUAUUACUAUUAUACUAGGGUGGAUUCAGGUGCUUUAAGACACACACAAUAGUCAUAGAAAAACUUAGGUAGCUAGAACCAUGGCAAGGAGGUCAUCAUCUGUAGUCUCUAAUCAUCUGAAUGUCAGCUGUUUGGGAACAUGGAGGGGGGGUGUCUUGCUGGUGGGCCUUCAAUCUAGGUGGGCCUUCAAUCUGAUCUGCCAGGGCUCUUCUUAGGUUAAAUGACUGGAAAGAUGUGGCAGUGCUAGCAUUAGCCAUGAGGCUAUAACAAGACCACAAAUGUCCCACGUGGGACAGACACUAUGGAGACAAGAGCAGUUGCGCUGGGUUCAAGUUGCAGAUGAGCUUGGGUUCAUGUGAAUAAGUAUUCUUAGCUGUAAUAGUUGAACAAAGGAGUAUGGAUUCUCCUUCCCUGGAUGCUUUCUCUCUCCACACAUUUGAUGAGACCAGAUGAACUACUGUCAGGUAUGAUUUAAAGAAGUUCUGCUAUUGCAAGGAUUUGACUCUUUGACCUAUUCUGACUCUAAAUUCUGGGCAACCAUGCAGUCUGUCUGCUACUGAAGCCCAUAGCAGAAACGGUGAAUGCCAGGCAUAAUUUGAAGGAAGCCCCUAAGUGGUGGUGCAUUGUAGAAUUAUGAAGAGGCUAAGUAUUUUUAUAUGAUUUAGAAAGGGCUGGAGAUGGACAGGCUUGUUUAAGAAGAUCCAUAGACGCUUUAAAAAUGUUUAGCAUGCAUUCAGUUGUCAGGCAUGCAGAACUGAGAACAUAAGAAACAUGGAAAUGAAGACAGUCCAAGUUCUUCCCCAGAAACUUCUGGUGUUGGACUCAAACUCUCAUCAGCACCAGCCUGCAUGGCCAGUGGUCAGAAAUGAUAGGAGUUUUCAUCCAACAACAACUGGAGGGCCAGAACUUUGCCAUACUGCCUUACAUUAAGACAUACUUGCAAAUGAUGUAAGGGUUCACGUGAAACCGUGGUAUAGCUUAGUACUCAAACAGGCCAUAACUAACAUUGAUAUAAAAGGGCAAUUCUUAAGCAAAGGUGCCUUUAUGUCUGGCCAUGUUCAAGAGCGUUGCCUGUGCUACUCUGUGUGCUUUCAUAGUUUGCUCACGAUUAUUCUGGAUCGCAGUGAUAAAUAGUUGGGGUGAGAAGCAACUGGGCAUGUGUUAAACUGGUUUAAAAUACAAAUAUACAAUGAGGUUCCUUGCAGUUUGUGGCAGCUUCAGGUAAGUAAUUGUGAUCUGGAACAUAUGGCAAGUAUUCUGCACGAUUUUAUUGGUAGUUACAUAACUGGAAUAGAAUAACGCAGGAUAUAAAUAAAUGAAAUUUUAGAUCCUGUCCUGCUGUGCCUGGGGAGUAAUUGGCAUGCUUAUUCCAAAACCAUUUUCAUUUAUGUUUAUUUAUAAAAACGCUGCUAUCCUGCCUCUCUGUCUUAACGAAUCCCAGCAAAGCAUAAAAAGCAACUAAAAAUGCAACAAAGAGAAUUGGCCCAAACAGUAGUAUUGCUUAUGAUCUUGCUGUCUGUCUGCCAAGUGCUCUGUGAAAGGGCCAUGUUUUUGCAGAGUGGCAGGAAGCUGGCUGUGAUGGGGCCAGAUUGGCCUCUGUCUGGAGAGCAAUUCCACACCUUUGGUACUGUAAGAGAAAACACCCUGUCAUGCGUAGUCCACCUACUUUUAGUGGUUGGGUAGGGACAUAUUAAUAGAGAGUUCUUAAGGACCCAUGUCUUGAUGGUUUUGAUUAUCUGACAUUAACAAACGUUUCAGCACUUUCCAGUAUUGAUCUGUCUUCAUCCAAAAAAAAAAGGAGAUAGUGUGAGAUGGAAGCCAUAAUAUGGAGUUUUGGGAACUUGAGAAGAAUGCUGCCUACUUUUUAUUUUAUUAAAGAUUUGUAUUGUGCAACAAAAGUACAUAUAGUGUCUCUGUUUUCAAUUCAUAGGGUCCUUUUCACAGUUCAGUUACAUUCGGUGUGGGGAAAAAGAAAGGGGUGUGCCGAGAAGGAAGGGGGGUAUAAUGAUAUUUCGUUCUACUGCAUAGUAUUUGUGCAAAAAAAAUUGUGUAAGCGUCACAUAAGUAGGUCAUUCAUUCAUUCAUUCCUUUAUUUUUGUUGGUGCUUUUAAUGUGGAAGGUUGCAGGUUCAAUCCCUAGUAUCUCCAGUUGGAAGGAUUGGGUAGCAGUAAUGGGAAAGACCAGGGCAUUCUGGCACCUCUGUGGUGUUGCUGUUCCCUGGCACAACUUUGCUCCCCCUAAAAAAGCUCAACAAGUUCCAGCACCUCUUUUUCUAGGGAAAAAAAAAGCCCUGGGAAAGCCUCUUUCCCUGCCUGAGAUUCUGAAUAGCUGAUGUUAGUCAGCGUAAGCAAUACUAGGCUGGGUAACAUAAAUCUAGCAUAAAAGUCCCCAAUGCUCUAGGAGCAAAUCAUUCCAUCUCUUUAACCAUCACACUUUUGUCUGGUUGUUCAUUUCUGUUUAGCUGCCAUGUGGCUUUUCUGUGUAUUCUGGAACUGCUAUGCACUUACCCCUUGUUACAAUAGGACCCUCCAUGUUUUGUAUCUGUGGAAGGGACUGGGAGUUGGUGGGAUUUCUCUCCCUAAUAUCCAGGCAAUAGUGAAAGGGUAAGCCUCUUAGGUUUCCCCCACCCUUUCCUUCAAAAUAACCAUUUUUCAGACAGACUGCACUUCUACCUUAGAACCUGACUGUUGCUAAGAUCUGGUGUCCCAGAAGCUCAAGAGUUGAACUGGAGUGGCUUUGGUUUACAUCAUUCCCCAGCCAUGUGUAUAAGGAAUGAAAUGAUCAUGAGGCUUGUUUGAGUAAUUAAAAUUACUCAAUCCUCAAUUACUUGAGGAUUAAAAAAUGGACGAACAUAAAGCAUUUUGUUCUCUGAACGUUCUGUGCAAGUUACAAUAUUUAUCACCAAGGGGGAGUUGCUUUGAAUUCCAUGCUAAUCUUCCCCACCCCAAAAUUCUGUGAAUGAAUUUUAUCAAAUUGCACAAAUUAGGAACUUGAUAGGUUUAAGUGUCCAAAGCUUGCCAUUACCAAACACAAAGUCGCUACACUUCUCCCCCUAUUCCUUUUCUCCUGGUACUUCCUGCAGGUUCUUAACUGUGAACCAGCAUGCAGAGCAAUCAGCAGCAUUUCUUUUUUCUUUUAUAUAUAUAAAAAAUGCUCUUUAAAUCAUAGGAAAUCCGCAACAUUCAGAAUGAUGAGCUGAUGGGCAUCCGACGAGAAGAGGAAAUGGAAAUGUCUGACGACGAGACAGAGCCAUCAGAUGCCAAGGAGAUGGAAGAGUCAGGUAUGACUGGCACUGUGUUGAAAGGAAGCCAGAGUAUUCAAGUUCAGGGGUGAGCAGUAUUCAAGCAUGUGUGUUCUACUUACCUACCGUAGAUUCCGGCGUAUUAGGCGACUGGGUGUAUAAGACGACCCCCCCCCCCCCCAAAUUGGCAGCUGCCAAUUUGGGGGGUUGACUUAUACGCCCAGUUGUAUACACAGCAGCUUCGCUGGGCAGCGGCAGUGGGCGGUGGGCUCUGCGCUGGGAGGAAACUGCCUGGCAAAGCUGCUCAGCGAUGCUAAGCCGGCUUUGCUGGGCAGCUUCCUCCUGGCGCAGAGCCCGCUGCCCACUGCUGCUGCCCAGCGAAGCUGCCGAAGCUGCCGCCGCAGCAGCAGUGGGCUCUGCUCCGCGCCGAGAGGAAGCUGCCCAGUGAAGCCGGCUUAGCACCACUGGGCAGCUUCGCCAGGCAGCUUCCUCCCGGUGUGGAGCCCACUGCCGCUGCCCAGUGAACCCAUACCCGGCGUAUAAGACGACCCCCGACUUUUUAGAGGAUUUUCCAGGGUUAAAAAGUCGUUUUAUACACCAGAAUCUACGGUAUUAUUUUUAAUCAGGGCCCCAGGUUUUUCAAGCUAGAGUCAGUUACGAAACAGUAGCUGAUUGGAAAUGGCAGAGCUAGUCGCAGUUAUUUCCUGCACUGGGGAUCUCAUAUUUCUAGAUGACCUACCUGUAUACAUUGUUUGAGUUCCUGCAGAUCUGGAUUCUCACAUAAAAUCUGAAAUGCUCUUAGUAGUUCCACAAAGAGCUGUCUGAGGCACCACUUAAUACAGGGAUGGGACCUGUAGAAAAUGAUUUUUUCCUGUGAUGUACAGCCAUUGCAUUUGCUUACUGUCCCCUGCUGCAAAGCAUGCAUGGUAUCAUGCAAACUACAGAUCAGUCUGACGCAGUCCAUACUACAGCUGUGUCAUGGGUGCCUACAGAGCAAAUUACCAAAACAGGUGAGACCAGACGCUGAUGUAUAACACAAACAUCUCCGAUACAUUUAUUAAGGAAUUAAGCAUAUAUUUAGAAGGUGGUCUAGAAAAUAAAAAACCAAAUGGGGAACAAUGAAGGUCAAACUAAUUCCAAGGACAAUAGGUGUGUCCACCUUCCCAUUUUUUUCUCUUCCCAACCCCCAGCUUUAAUAUCUCAAGCAGAAGCUCUGAAGGAAGAAAAUGACAGCUUAAAAUGUCAGCUUGAUGCCUACAGGAAUGAGGUGGAUCUCUUAAAGCAAGAGCAGGGCAAAGUGGACAGAGAUGAAGACAUAAGCAAAGACCAGAAAUUAAAGAUUCUCCAGCAGGCUUUGCAAGGCAUGCAGCAGGUAGGACUCUUUCCUGCAAAAGGAAACCACCUCCAAUGAAUAUUUGUAGUAACUGCCUUGUGCCAAAGAAGAUCUCUCUUCCCCAACAGGGUGCCCUCCAGAUGUUUUGGAUUUCAACUCCCAUAAUUCCUGACCACUGUCUAUGAUGGACGGUGCUGACAGGGUUGUAGUCCUAAACCUCUGGGGAAGGCUGUUCUACUGAUGCCUUUUAUUGGAGUGAAAAUAAAUGCCCUUGUGAAGCUUGCAACAUGUCAACAUGUCCAAAUCUCUUUCCAAGGUUACAACAUGGGAAUGCUCCCUCACUAAGAAGUAGACUUGACUACAGAGCAGUACUGUUUAGGCUUUACAGUGCCAGAGCCUUCCCUGAAUACAUUUCUGAGAUGUGAUUUUUGUUGUAGUUGUAAAACUGCUUCUGUGCAGCUGGGGAAAGAGUUAAUCAGUGUGGUUCCAUGUGACUGGUAGAACAAUUAAUGGACCUAAUCACAUGGACUAAUGCGGGUCUUCUUCACAGAGUUGGCACCAUGAAAGGGCACCUAAAUUGUUUGUUCCAAGCAGCUGUUUCAGGAAUAUCUUUUAUGUUCCUAAAUGCUAUGAUAGUCAGAGAGACUACAAAGGCUCUCUCAUCCCCAGAAAGAAAACAGCAAGUGUUUUGGACAAUAAAAAAGGGGAUGUCCUCUAAAAACGAACAGCUCAGGUAGCUUUAACUUUCGUAUGCAAAAGUUGUACCAUGAGCAAUUGGCCCUAUGUGUAAAAGGGGUGGAUGUUAUAUAAUAAAUGUUUCUCAAUGCAUUGAAGAUAGGUUCUGCCAGAAAAGGAGCUCGACUGGGAGAGAGGUUGGAAUAAAAUAGGGGAUAAGACAGUGGAAAAGUAGAUAGAGCAGAGGAAGUAACACUUUAUCUAAGAACAGCUCUGCUGGGUCAGACCAGGGGCCCAUGUUUUCCAGCAUCCUGUUCUCACAGCGGCCAACCAGGUGUCAAUUUAUUUAAUGAAUGAAUGAAUAAAUAAAUACUAGUUUGUCUAAUAUUAGUUUUGGUUUUGUUUGUACUUUACUCAGUGUAUGGGAUUGGGUGGCUAAAAAUACAAUAGAUGAAACUGUUCUCUUCCUCUUUCCAAGAAUCUCCUGAAACUCCAAGAUGAAUGUGAAAGAAGAGAUGCUGAACUGGAAAAAGUCAAUGAAGAAAAAGCACAACUCGACAAAUUGCUUGAAAGCCUAAAUGAAAAGGUAAGAUUUGCUCCCAGGUGCUGGUCUUGCUGGCUCUCCCUCCUAACUUGGACAUAAAGCUCCCUUUGUAACUGGGAGCCAGUAUUUCUCUCUUACAACCUAAACCCACCUCACAGGGUAGUUGUGAAGAUAAAAAGAAUGGAAUAGGGAGAACCAUGUAUGUUGCCCACUAUCCUUGGAGGAAGGGUGGGAUAAAAAUGUACAUACAUACAUACAUACAUACAUACAUAAUCUAGGCCUUGCCAAAAUAGUCUUGAAUUAUGUAGUAACCUAUUUACUGGCAUUGCUAUGAACAGAGCAAAGGUGUAUGAAGUUGGGUAACUUGCAUCACAUCUGUUGAGACUUUAAAUCUUUUACAUGUCAAAAGUCUUGUAGUCUCAAGCCAGUGUAGCAAUUCAUAUCACCUGCCUGUAUGACAUUUCCCCACAGAAUGAGUUUUUAAGAUAUUGCUGUUGUUUUUAAUUAUUAGACACUUCUUUGGGGACUUGCACAAAACUUGCUCAUCUUAAAAUAAUAAUUUUGGGCUAGUGGCUGCACAUGAUUCUGUAACUCAGCCUUAGUUUGAUAAGGUGAUGUUUAUCACUGAGAGGGAAAAGUGCUGAGUGGUUCAACUAACAACAUGCUACUGGGAUUAUGACUUUUUGUUUCUCUAACUGAAUAUAGCAAGAGCUGGCUGCUGGACCAGAAUGGGGGAAAGACUCCAAUGAUCAAGACCACGUGAGUUUCGUAAGUUUCUUUCUGAAUACUUUGACAUAGUGUUAUUUUUAUAUUUCCUUGUGAAUUCAAGUUCAAAUAUGGCUGCUUUUUUAUUAACCCAGUCCUACUAUGCAGGGUAGCAGGCAGUAUUUUCCUUUGCUUGCCACAAAUCCUAGAAUGAGCCUCAACCAACCUGUUGAGGUAAUAUAGACAAUGGUGACAAUGGUGACUUUGAGGCAUAAAACCAUCCUUUUGCCCCUUUCUAUUUCUGCACUGGAACAUGCCAUCCCUAUGACAUGUGAUGCUUAAUUCUAGUCAUGGUGAUUACACGGUUUGUAACAGUUACUGUUCUCAAACUUUAUGGAUUUGCACCCUUUGUCUGAUUUACUAGAUCUUCCAUGAUUAUGAAAAUCUUGCAACCUACUUUUAGUUAGAUUUCUUUGGGCUAAUUCAGUUUUAGCUGGCCCUCACCAUUUUGUUCCCUGAUGGAUUAUCCCCACUGUGUAAGGUCUAUAUAUAGCAACACCCUAGACGUCCCAGGCCCUAAGGAAGUUAGAUUAGCUUCAACCAGAGCUAGGGCCUUCUCAACAUUGGCUCCGGCCUGGUGGAACGCUCUGUCUCAUGAGACCAGGGCCCUGCAGGAUCUGAUUUCUUUCCGCAGGGCCUGUAAGACAGAGUUGUUCCGCCUGGCCUUUGGCUUAGAAUCAGUUUGAUUCCCUCCCCCUCUUUUCUUUUUCCUUUCUCCUCCUGUGAAGAGGCUGCAUCCUAAUGUUUUAAUGUUGUAUUUUAAUCUUUUUAAAAUUGUAUUUUAAUCAACUUGUUUUUAUUAUUGGUUGUUGGCCGCCCUGAGCCCGGUCUUGGCUGGGGAGGGCGGGGUAUAAAUAUAAAUUUAUUAUUAUUAUUAUUAUUAUUAUUAUUAUUAUUAUUAUUAGGAACUCUUGCUGUGUUAGACAGAGGUCUGCCCAAUCUGUCAUUUUUGUUUUAAAAGGCAGCCAUCAGUUGCUUCUAGGGCAGGCUUCCUCAUGCUCAGCCCUCCAGAUGUUUUGAGACUACAGUUCCCAUCAUCCCUGACCACUGGUCCUGCUAGCUAGGGAUCAUGGGAGUUGUAGGCCAAAAACAUCUGGAGGGCGAAGUUUGAGGAAGCCUGUUCUAGGGGCUUCCAAGCUAGGCAAGGAAGUGAUGCCCUUCCCCAGCACCUGGUAUUCAGAGAGAGAUACUGCCUCUGUGCAUGGAAGUUCUGUUCAGCUAUGCUAGCCACUGAUAGACCUCUUCUCCAUGCAUUAGUCUAAUCCCUUUUAAAAGCCAUCUUGAGGCUAACUACCUGUAAUGUAAAGGUUUUACCUUCAGUGCAAGAUUUUUUCUUUCUUUCACAAACAGCCAGUGUGCCAGGGGAAGGGGAAACUGGAUCAGGCCCAUAGUGUGGAGGGCAAGGUGCAUUCCCCUGCUGCAGUCUAGAUCCCCACACCUGCUGUUUCCAUUUGCAGAGAGAAGCUCGCAUUUGUUGGCUGACAACAAAUGUUGGCUGACUCUGAUUUGCAGUUGUGUGUUUUCCUGAAGAAUAUUACACUAAUUGUGAGCAUGCAAAAUAAAAAUAACAAUCCAUUGUAAGUGAAGAAGUCAGUGUCCAUUCAGGGGUGGGUGGGUGGGUGGGUGGGUGUGCAUGCGUGCAUUUGGGAAUAAUUUCUAAUAUGUUUUCUCCAGCUCCUUUAUCCUAUACCCAUUCUAUAAUAUUUUUACUGUUUGUAAAGUAUGCUUAUUGUGCAACGUGCAGGAUGCAGCUGGUGACUUAAUUGACAGAUUGCUAGGAUACAAAUCAGUGCUAGAAAGUAAUUAUCUGUAAUUGCCUUUAGGCCAGCGACUUUUCACCAGCUUGUUCAGUGUGCCAGGAGAAGGAGAGCACACUUGAGAGAGGACUCAACGGCAGCCCUAUCAAAUCAGAAAGGGAAGCUUUGCUAGUGGGUAAGGAUCACUGGCCACGGUAUUGUUGAGACCAGGAUAAAUUCCACCCAGAAACAUAGGAGGCUACUGAGCACCGUUGGACCAUUGGUCCAUCUACCUAAGUAUCAACUGGCAGCACCUUUUGAGCUUUCAAGCUGGGACCUUGAACCUGGGACCUUUUGCUUGCAAAGCAUGUGCUCUUUAACACCCAUCUACACCUCCCUCUCCCCAAAAUAUGCCAGCUCUAUAAGCUCAGGUGUAAAGGCUCAUUAUCUUUUGCAGUAUGCACAACCUAAAUUCAUUAUGCACUUCAAGCAUCUUUGUUGUUGUUGUUGAGUCGUUUAGUCGUGUCCGACUCUUCGUGACCCCAUGGACCAGGGCACUCCUGUCUUCCACUGCCUCCUGCAGUUUGGUCACUCAUAGCAUAUAGCAUGAGUUAACUAUAGCAUAUAAGCAUCUUUAUUGUACAACAAAUUGGCCUUUCCCCAUAAAAGUAAAAACUUUUCCAAUGGGUGGGACAGAUGAUGCAGUCCUGAAGCAAACACAAGUUUAUGUGUCAGUAUUUUUUUUAAUCAACAGGCACACCUUCUCUUGGUUAAUUCCCAAAACACACGAAGCUGUGAAUAAUUUUGCCAACCAAGCGGGGGGCCACUAGGGGGCGCAUGAUAAGAUGGCCGACAAUACCAUCUCUCCGACCCACACGGGGUAAUUAAGAGGCUGUUAUGGGAGUAGACAGCCUCCCUUGUUGCCCCAAGGAAAUGGGGAACACUGCCCUUGCCUGCAGUGCCCAUAAAUCACCCCCUAAUUCGAAAGAAGGGGGUGAGGGCCCUAGGCAGAAUGCCCCCAUGUGGACCUCGGCUCUCCUGGACGCUGUCUCUGAUCGCACACUAGUUGCAGCAAUUUGGAAUAAUUAAUUACAAAAGAAGCAAAUGCACAUAUUUCAAGUGAAGAAGGGGAGUGAAGUCUGCUAAUUUAAGUGACCUCUGCGAAAGAAGACGGCGGGCUGGAGAAACAGGAAUAUUUUACAAUGAAGAUACACCAAAGGCGGGGUAUGUUGACAACGGGGCUGAAUGGGGGGGGAACCUUUUUUACUUUCCUUCUAUGUGAUUUACAAGAACCCCUCCUCAUUAGAACCGUCGGUUGAACUGACCCAAGGAGGAUGAUUAAGGUCUGUGUGGAGAUAAACUUUAACCAAAAGUAUGCUUUAUGGAGACCGAGAAGCAAUAAGAGCUUUUGGGAAAGGCGCAGCAAUUAAUUCGGAGUCGCCAUCUUGCCAAACGAUUUAUAGCCAGGAGGAAGAACGGAUUUGUUUUCAGACUGCAUUCCUAGUGAAUCUCCUCAGAGGUUUUGAGAAAGGAGGCAGAUUGGUGAAGAUUAAUGACGCUAAGACUGUUUUGAUGUAUGGAAGUGAUGUUAUAUGGAAAACGUCUGGAUAUGGCUACUGGAUAAAAAUAAUAUCCACGCAGGAUUACAAACUGUCCUAACCAGCUUGCGGAGACUAUCAGAGGUCAAAAAGAGAAAGGAAAAAUAUAUGAAAAUAACAACAAGAGAUGUGGAAAAAUAAUAAGAAAGGACUGGGUAGUACUGUGAACAUCAUAAGGUUAGAUUUGUGGACAUUAAAACAGCAGUAAGAAACAAGAAGUUGAUUGGAUCCCUUCAGAACUUGAAAUAUGGGUACCCCCAACAAAAAUUUAAAAUUCGGCUGUGUAAUUUGGAAUCUAUGUAAUUUGGUUUGAUUUGAUGUGAUUGGUCGGUUAAUAAACAAUUAUUCUUAAAAAUUUUUUUUGCCAACCAAGCAAAAUUGGUUCUGAGAGCUCAAUAACAAAGGUGCAUCUGCUCAGAAGUACUACUGGAUGCUUUUAUCUGGGGCUUGAUCCACCCACCAGAAGUGCAGCCCAGUCUGAUAACCAUUAAUGCAGCCUGGUCUGAGUCAGGCCCACAUACAUAAUACCUGAUGUUAUAACAAAUAAGUUGGAGCCCGCAGUGUGAAUCUCUCUGCACUAGAAGUGGAGAACCUGUGGAUCUCCAGAUGUUGUUGGACUGCUGCUGAUGGGAGCAGGAGGCUAAAAACAUAUGGAGGGUGACAUGCUCCUUCACUAAUGACUUGCUGUUUGGGCAUUCCCACGACAUUUUGAAAAGCCAAAAGGCAGCUUCUGCUGUUCCCCAAAGGUACAGAAAUGCUCACGGUAGAGACAAAUAUGUUCUCUGCAAGCAUCUGAGUCCCGGACGUAACUCCAUUAAUUUUGUUUCUCUAGGAAUAAUCUCAACCUUCUUGCACGUUCACCCUUUUGGAGCGAGCAUUGAAUACAUCUGUUCCUACCUCCAGCGCCUUGAUAGCAAGGUAUGUGCCUGCACCUCUUGUCUGAUGAGCAAAGUAAAGUUUGUGCCACUGGGGGACAUUUGUGACACAGUUAAAAGCCUCCCUAGGCUCCGCUGGGAGGAAAGGUGGGAUAUAUAAAUUUAAUAAAUAAAAGCCCAAGCUGUUGCCAGCCAAGAAGUCAUCCCAUGGAUUUUGGAGUCCCUGCAGAUGAUGAUUAUCAUUUGAUUUCUUGCUCACCUUUCACCUUGAGGUCCCAGGGCAGGCUGCAGCGAUUUAAAAAUUCAAUAUUAAAUAUUCAGUUAAAAGAAAUUACAGUCAAGAGGUGGGUUCUAAAACAUAAAGUAUAUAUCUAGCGUCAAAGGGUAAAGAAGUGUUUCUUCAGCAUAUGACAAAAGCUACUUAAGGUGCCAGAAGCUGUUCCAUGGGAAGGGAAUUCCACAGCUUAGGUGCUACCACUGAGAAGGCCCUCUUUUGGGCCCUCCACCCCAGACCUCUGAGGAUGUAGGAACUACCAAGUGUCCCCACCCCCCUCUGCCAGUCUUGACACCCAAGAGGAUCUGUAGAGAAGGAGGCAAUCUUUCAGUUAUUUCGGGCCUAAGCCAUUUAGGACUUCAAACACUAAAUGUGAGCACCUUGAGUUUGGUCUGGAAACCUAGAACUUGUCUGAAAGAAGCCUCUAUCACUAACUCCUAAGGUCUCUGGAAGACCUAUUUUGAAAUGAAAAAUGCUUUUAAGAACAUGCUCCUGGGGGGGAAAAAAGUGUUUUCGCAAGCCAGGUGGUCCAAAAUUGUUACUGCAUUAGAAAUUAAAUAUACCAAAACCUUUUGGUCACUCCUUUUAAUAAAAGCUACCACUGAUUUCCCUAAUAUAAGUGAUGAAGCUUGGAUUACACAUUUUAUCACUGUUUUUUAUGACUCCCAAGUUUUUAAGAUGGAAAAUAUUAAAUCUUCUUUGGCAAUAACCACACAAUUUCAAAUUACUGUUGAGGAGAUGAAAAGGAUAAUUCUUUCGUUUAAGCAAGGAAAAUCUCCUGGUAUGGACGGCAUCUCAAUAGACCUGUUGAGAUUAAAUGUGGAAUGGUGGGCCAUUAAUCUUGUCCCGCUCUUUAACUCUGUCAAUCACUCAGGCCUUGUACCUAAAUUGUGCAAUAACUCAAUAGUGGUGCCGAUUUUUUAAAAAAAGGUGAUAGGAAAUGCCAAGAGAAUUACAGGCCUAUUGGUUUGUUACCAUGCAUAAGUAAAAUUUAUGCCAAAUCUCUGCUUAUUAAACUGGAAGAAUGGGUGCUUACAAAAUGUCUACCUAGUAAGGAACAAGCUGGUUUCAAGGCAGGACCUUCAACUCUUGACCAGUGUCUAGUGUUAAGUCAUGUUGUGGACAAAUAUGUAUUGAGAAACAAAAGAAGACUCUUUGUGGCAUUUGUAGAUUUAAAAAGUGCCUUUGAUUUGGUCGAUCGUAAUAAACUGUGGAUCCAUACCUGCUUACAUUGAUUCAAUGUUUAUACGCCAGUAACCAAAUAUAUGUUAAAGUUUCAAAAGAUGGUAGACUUGUAGGUCCAAUUCUGAGUAACUGAGGAGUUAGGCAAGGCUGCAUCUUGGCCCCUACCCUAUUUAAUCUCUUUUUAUCUGACCUCCCAUUAUUUCUUCAAAAUGUAACCACUCAUAUUCCUUAUUUAAACAAUAUCCCAGGUUUUUUAUUACUAUAUGCAGAUGAUGCGGUAAUUAUCUCACUUUCCUCUUUGAGUUUUAAAAAAAUAUUUAAGAGUUUCUCAAACUUUUGCCCUCUUAAUAACCUCAAAAUUAACUAUGAUAAGACAAAAAUUAUGCAAUUUACAAAGAGGGAACCCAAAAAAUUGGAUAAUCAAUGGACAUCUAAUACAAGAAGUGAAGCAUUUCAAUUAUCUGGGAAUUGUAUUUAAAAAUAACAUGAAUUGGAACACACAUAUCUGUGCUGCAAUAGCUAAGGCUAAAGUGACAGCUCACCAUAUUAAAUCUUUUUUUUUUCUCCUGUAGGAAAUAGAUAUAUUCCAGCUGUAUUGCAAGUGAUUGAUAUGAAACUUUGUACCCCACUUUUAUAUGGCACCCGAGUAUGGAUUUCAGGUGACCUUAAGAGGUUGGAUAAAUUCCAUGCAUCUCUUCUGAGGUCAUUAUUAGGACUUGCAAAUUCUGUAAAAUAUGAAUCAAUAUGUUGUGAGUUGGGUAUACUUCCUUUAUCAGUAAGAGUAUGGUUGAGAACCUUGAAAUAUUGGAUCUUCCUGCAUCAUAGAGCCCUAUCGCCUAAUUUUCUCCUUUACGACCUCUUAAGUGAUAAUGUAAUUUACAAUUUAUCAUUGAUUUGUAGGAGAAAAUUGAACUCGAUAGGGCUUAAUUUAACUGACUUUGAAAAUUCUGGCCCCAAAGAUAUUUGGGAAAUUAUCAGGAAGAAUCUUACAGAAAAAAGUGUUCUCUCCACUCUUGAGUUUGCAAAGCACAGCACUUGCUCUCCUCUCUAUUUAAAUCUCCCGUUUUGUAGAGAUUUUCAAAAGGGAUACAUGACAAAUCUGAAGAAUCAUGAAUUGUGCAGGCUGUUUAUGUUAGCCAGAUUUAAUAUGUUUCCCUCGAUGAUAGUAAGAGGAAGAUACUUAGCUCUCCCAGAAUCAGAGCGUCUCUGCAUAUGUAGUAAACAGGAACCUGAUACUUUGGAACAGAUUUUCUUUUCUUGUGAUUUUGGCAUUUAUGCCAGAAGACAAUUAUUAGAGGCCUUACGACACAAUAGGCUCAAUUCUAUGCUACCAACAGUUCAGGACCCCCUCUUGGACAGGAAUGAUCAAAUUACUUUAAUAGUGGCUGAAUUUUUGAGUGCUGUCCGUGUGGAAAGACUGGGCCAUUAUAAAGAGAUUUAGUGGUUCUUUAUUGAUUGGUGAUGUGGUAAUGUUGUAUUAUUUAUGCAAAUUGAUUUUCUCUGGAGUUAAAGAUCUGACUGGGACAAACCUUGUUAUGUUAAGCUUGUAUUUUGCACAAUUUGUAUACGGUGUAUGUUUGAUAAUGUGUGGUUUGCUAUGCCUAAUAAAGGAUAUAUAUAUUUAUUUAAAACUAACUGGCAUUGAUGGGGGAUUGGAGGCCAGCAACAUCUGGAGGGCCAAAGAUUCCCAACCUCUGCAUUUUAAGUGCUGUGGUCACACAAUCUAUUGUGCUUCAAUAACAACCUCCUGAUUUUAUCCACAUAUUCUAGCCCAGGCAUAGGCAAACAUGGCCCUCCAGAUGUUUUGAGAUUGCAAUUCCCAUCAUCCCUGACCACAGGUCCUGUUAGCUAGGGAUGAUGGGAGUUGUAGUCCCCAAACAUCUGGAGGGCUGAGUUUGCCUAUGCCUGUUCUAGCCAGUGAAUUGCAAACUGAAGAGCGGGGGGAGGGGAGGUGGGAGGGGAGAGAUAAACCCCUGGAAAGAUUGGGGGCUCUUUGAUUCUCACUUAUCUUUUAAACUGGGCUGUUCAGUUCAUCAGUAGCAGGUGUGGUGUUUCUGGUCCCUGGAGUCAAGACCUUCCUAGAGAAACAGUGGACAGUGAGCGACCCAAGUUCAUUAGCAGGAUUGUGAGUCUGGCAUAUCUGUUCAGGAUACCCUGAAAUGUCAUCUCACCCAAGAUGUUGAACGUUAACCCUUCAUGGCGAACUGAGAGGAUCGUCCAUUUUUUUUUUGUCUUGAACUGUUUUCAGUUACACGCUGUUUUUCUUUUCUAGAUUUGUGCUAGUGAAGUGGAAGCCCUCAUGAUGCGACUCCAGCACACUUUCAAGCAGGAGAUGAGUGGUGUUGGAGCAAGCCUUGAAAAAAGGUGGAAAUUCUGUGGCUUUGAUGGACUGAAAACAGCCACAUGAACUUGAAGCUAAUAGGACUUUGGACCAUGACCCCCCCCCCGAUUUCUAUCAUUGAUAAUAAAGAGAAAGAUUGCAAGCAGAAAUAGUUGCCAUUUUGCAACAGAAAUGGUUUGUUGGGUGAGUUUACAGCCGCCAGAGAGACCUCACAUUUCUGUUAGAAACUAACCAUCUAACAUUUCAUUUCAGUGCUGUGAUUAUUCUGUUUCAUGACUUUUAUUUGGACAGAAUCAGCCAUUUUGGACCUAUCUGUUCUCAAACUGUUAUGGAAAUUGUGGAAAGACCAAAGCGGUGCUUUUUUUCAGCUGGUUCCAGUUCUGGGGUUUCUCAAGACACUUGCAUUACCUCCAUUGUUGGUGUGUAUGCAGAGGUGCUCCCAGUGGUGGCUAUUGGGUGUGGUAGAGCAGAAGACUGGGAGGCCAAGAGUUGGUCAAGCCAGGUCCAACGACAGCUGGAGCCAACUAAUUUUGUCCACAUCCUCCUCCCUGCUGAGUUCUAAAAGGGCAACACUUAGACUAAGGGGAAGGAAGCUGACAGCCAGUGCCACCCUCUGGAUGCAAGUUAGAAGGUAGGCAGGUGGCAGCUGCUUGAGAGCAGACUGAGCUUUGUGGGGCAGUUCUCCAUUUGCCCUAAUGGACCACCCUCCCCUUGGUGCUUACAUUCGCUGCUUUGAGCACAUUCCAUGUGUUUAAACUUGGGAACGGUUGUCCUAGCAAAGGUUUGUAAGGGCCAGGCUAGAUGACACAUUGGUGGUCCAUGAUCAGACCAGCUGUCUCUUUAAAUUUUAUUUUAAUAGCCAUUGUGGAAGAAAGGAGAUUGGAAUGUGACUGCAGUGCUACAGUAGAUGGGGGUGGUCUAUUAAAAAUUAAUUCCAUUGUGCUGCUUUCCUGAUUGAAAUCUUCCCUUUCUCCCCUGGAAGCUGCUAUUUGUCAUGGUGAGAAAAUGACAGCUCCUGAGUGAGUGGAGGUUAUAUUGUUUGUUUAUUAAAUUCACAUCCUACCCUUUCUCCCAAAGUUGCCCUGGGGCAGGGGCAAACAUCAAGUGGCAAAUGAAUAAAAUUUUCUUUAAAACAAUUCCUGUACAGAUUAAAAACAAAACAAAACUAAUUAAAUACAAAUUAAAGAUGCCAAUGCAGAUUUCAAAAAUAGCAUGGAAGAAAAGUUCAGUCUCUUCCCUCUCCUGGCUCUGCGAUCCCAGUUCAAUUUGGACCCCUCCACAGUUGCUUUUAACAACUACUUAGAAGAAAGGGGGGUGUUUCUGAUCAUGGAUCUCUGACUCUUCAUCAAGCUGAUUCUGCAACACUGAAUUCUUUUGCAAAAUUGCUAAGGGUUUUUAACAUGAGUGGUGGCUCUCCUCCAUGUGUGGUAUCUUUGCUACAAUCUGCUGGGUGCUAUUAUUAUUGUUGCAUGCCGCCUCCAAUCUGCAAGUGGUGCAAGAUUCCAGGGGGUUCCAGGCGCUUUACCCAGGGUUUGUGUUUGCUUUUGGAAAUGAGGCACAGCGGAGACUGUGGUGUCUUUAGGCUAUCGGGUUUAUUUACAAAUACAUAUAACCUGAGCCUAUGGUGGACGGGUUUACAGCAUCAACACCCCCCAAAAUGUCUUGCUUCUUCCAUAACUACAUUCUUGGAUCUAAGACUGUCUAAACAUGCUCUCUAUGUGUCUAGCUCACAUUGCUUCUAACUUUUAAAACUCUGGCUUUAUCUGUUGAGGGAGGGGCCACACCCAUUUUCUGUCUGGUCCUCUGUUCUGGUCUGAUCCUCUGGUCCUCUGUUCUGGUCUGAUCACUUAUCACCUUAGACAGUCGCAACAACACAGGAGACUAGUCUGACUUAAUUAGCUUUUGACACUUUGCUGAUUCCAGGGAUUAGAAGUGUCUUAGCACUCCAAGCUUGAAUUAUAUUCUAACACUCACUGGAUCCAUGGAUUUUAGAAGUCUAGCACCUAACUUAAAACACAUGAGUCUGGCACCCAGUUUUAACACCUUAAGCAUUAAUUAAAUUCUGAUACUACUGGACCAGGAAUUUAGGGGAGUCUGGCACCCACACACAUGUAACAUUUCUUUAUUAAAUUUCUAUACCACCCUUCAUCUGAAGAUCACAGGGUAGUUUGCAGGUGGCUUGUACCAUAGGUCAAUGUUUCCUGUGCCCUGAUUAUUAAAGUCUACACUGGGAAAGAUGGCAGUAAGAAUAGAUUGGCCAUAGAAACUCCUGCUAGGCCAUGUGAAAUUCAUUUUCAUAUUUUACCAUGUGUCUUCUGCAUUAAAAUUUUUCUAUU